CCUUCAAUCUCUCUCUCUCUCUCUCUUCUCUUUCUCCCUCGUUCCAAAUGAAGUUCCAAGUUGUAGAGCUUCUAUUUGGUAAAAACACCCCAAAACAAAUGAUCCCAAAAGUAACUUUACUAGCAGUGUUUGCUGUACUUGUAUUUACUGUCACCCCACUAUCCUACCCUUUGUUUAGAUACUCUUCAUCCGUGAAGGACAAACAAUCUAAGCAAGCAUCAUCUGCAUUUGAUGAUUUGAAUGAGUCAGCAAGCUUGCCCUCAACUUCUAUAAAGAAGUGUGACAUUUUCACUGGUGAAUGGGUUCCGAACCCAAAGGCUCCAUAUUACACAAACAAAACAUGCUGGGCAAUUCAUGAACACCAAAAUUGCAUGAAGUAUGGUAGACCAGACUCUGAGUUCAUGAAAUGGAAGUGGAAGCCAAAUGGAUGUGACCUUCCAGUGUUCAACCCUUUCCAGUUCCUAGAAAUUGUUAGGGGAAAAUCCAUGGCAUUUGUUGGAGACUCAGUUGGCAGAAAUCAGAUGCAGUCCAUGAUUUGCCUCCUAUCAAGGGUAGAAUGGCCCAUAGAUGUAUCAUAUAAAAGAGAUGAUUAUUUUAUGCGGUGGAGGUACCCUAGUUAUAACUUCACCAUGGCUGCUUUUUGGACAACCCAUUUAGUCAGAUCCGAUGAAGCAAAUACAAAGGGUCCAGGCCCAACUGGCCUCUGCAACCUUUAUCUUGAUGAGCCAGAUGAGAAAUGGAUAACCCAAAUUAAAGAUUUUGACUAUGUAAUUUUCAAUGGAGGACAUUGGUUUACAAGGUCAAUGGUGUUUUAUGAGAAACAAAAAAUUGUUGGAUGUCAUUACUGCCUUUUGGAAAAUGUCCCUGACUUGACCAUGUACUAUGGCUAUAGAAAGGCUUUUAGGACUGUGUUUAAAGCCAUAAAUAGACUAGAGAACUUUAAGGGCACAGUAUUUCUUAGGACAUUUGCACCAUCUCAUUUUGAGAAUGGUUUGUGGAAUCAAGGUGGAGAUUGUGUUAGAACUAAGCCAUUUAAGAGCAAUGAAACACAAUUAGAGGGCCUCAAUUUGGAGUUUUAUAUGAUUCAAUUGGAGGAAUUCAAAAUUGCCGAAAAAGAAGCCAGAAAGAAGGGUUUGAAAUACAGGUUACUUGAUAUCACACAACCAACAUUGUUGAGACCAGAUGGUCAUCCAAGUAGAUAUGGACAUUGGCCAAAUGAAAAUGUGACAUUGUACAAUGAUUGUGUACAUUGGUGCUUGCCAGGACCUAUAGACACAUGGAGUGAUUUUUUAUUAGCAAUGCUGAAGAUGGAGGGUGUGAGAUCAGUUGAAGAGAGACUUCAUUUGCGAAGAGGUUGACAAAUGAAAUGGGUUUUAUUUAUUUAUCAUUUUUUUUUACCUAAUCUGGCUUGUAAUUGUAAGC